GUGUGCUCCUGGUUCCUUGUCUAGCCUUUUAUUCCACGAGGCGUUUCGAAGGAGGCGAAAGCUCGCCGGGCUCCCCCUCCAAGAAUGCAUUCGAUGGUUCUUCCCGCGCCGUCCGGAUCAGGCGCUUUGGGCGGCACCAGAAACCCAGAAAGGCGCGCAUGCGCGCUCCAAUUAGAACGGAACCCUCGAUUUCUUUAAAAACAGAUAGGCCGCCUCAAUCAGGACUAGCAGCUUGGUUUGGCUCCCGAGAAGGAGAAAAAGGGCGGCGGGCCAAGGAGCCUCAGCAGCAGCAGCAGCAGCAGCAGCAGCCAUGAACGCCAUCGUCGUCCUGUGCCACUUCUGCGAGCUACAUGGGCCCCGCACCCUCUUUUGCACUGAGGUUUUGCACGCCCCUUUGCCUCAGGGCCCACCCGGGGGAGACAGCCCCGGGCAGAGCGAACAGGCGGAGGAUGAGGAAGGGGGCAUUCAAAUGAGCAGCCGGCUUCAUUCGCACAGCCCGGCCGAAGGUGCCAGCGUGGAGUCCAGCAGUCCAGGGCCCAAGAAGUCGGACAUGUGCGAGGGCUGCCGCUCCCUUCCCGCGGGACACCCGGGCUACAUCAGCCAUGACAAAGAAACUUCCAUCAAGUACAUCAGCCACCAGCACCCCAACCACCCGCAGCUCUUCAGCAUCGUGCGCCAGGCCUGUGUGCGCAGCCUCAGCUGUGAAGUCUGCCCCGGCCGGGAAGGCCCCAUCUUCUUCGGGGACGAGCAGCACGGCUUCGUCUUCAGCCACACCUUCUUCAUCAAGGACAGCCUGGCCCGGGGCUUCCAGCGGUGGUACAGCAUCAUCACCAUCAUGAUGGACCGCAUCUACCUCAUCAACUCGUGGCCGUUCCUCCUGGGGAAGAUCCGCGGCAUCGUGGACGAGCUGCAGGGAAAGGCCCUGAAGGUCUUCGAAGCCGAGCAGUACGGAUGUCCGCAGCGUGCCCAGCGGAUGAACACAGCGUUCACGCCUUUUCUGCAUCAGCGGAAUGGAAAUGCGGCUCGCUCGCUCACUUCUCUAACCAACGACGAGAGCCUGUGGGCUUGUCUUCACACUUCCUUUGCUUGGCUUCUGAAGGCCUGUGGCAGCAGACUCACGGAGAAGCUGCUGGAGGGGGCACCAACCGAGGACACUUUGGUUCAAAUGGAAAAACUAGCUGAUUUGGAGGAAGAAUCAGAAACCUGGGAUAACUCGGAGGAAGAAGAAGGGAAAUCUGCCGGCCAGAUGGAUAUCCGAGAAGGCCCUGAGCAGAGGAAGAGCCAGGCUGAUCUCGCUCUUCUGGCAGACUGUGGCAGCUGGAACGGGGCGACCAGGAGUCAGUCUGUCUUCCGUUCCCUCCGGCAUUUGAGACAGGUCUUGGGGUCGUCGGCUUUCCGCAUGCUGGCGUGGCACGUCCUCAUGGGGAACCAGGUCAUCUGGAAAGCGCAGGAUCGAGACCUCAUCCAAUCCGCCUUUGAUGUCCUGCGGACCAUGUUGCCUGUUGGCUGCGUUCGGAUCAUCCCCUACAGUGACCAAUAUGAGGAGGCUUACCGGUGUAACUUCCUGGGCCUUGGCACCCAGGUGCAAAUCCCACCUCACAUACUGUCAUCAGAAUUUGCCGUCCUUGUGGAAGUCCGCACCGCCACAAGGUCGAGCCUUUACCCCGUCCUGUUUGAUGACGACCAGCCCCUCAGUAAAUACGAGUUCGCUGUUACCAGCGGCAGCCCUCUGGCAGCGGACAGAGUUGGUCCGACCAUCUUGAACAAGAUUGAAGCUGCUCUGAUGAACCAGAACCUCUCAGUUGCUGUGGUGGACCAGUGUCUCAUCUGCCUUAAAGAGGAGUGGAUGAAUAAAGUGAAGGUCCUCUUUAAGUUCACCAAAGUGGACAGCCGGCCCAAAGAAGACACCCAGAAGUUGCUGAGCGUCUUGGGAGCCUCCGAAGAGGAUAACGUGAAGCUUCUGAAGUUCUGGAUGACGGGCUUGAGCAAGACGUACAAGUCGCACCUGAUGUCGACGGUCCGCAGUCCGACUUCUCUGGAGCCGCGGAGCUAGCCCGAGGAAGCCCUUGGUUGCACUCGGAAUUCCGUCAACCCACGCGGUUUGGCGUGUGAUGGGGGAGCGCAGAUGUCCUGGUGCAACAGUCCGAAGAUCAACUGAGGUGGCAAGGCAAAGGAUCGAGGAAGGCCCAUUGGCCUCAAAACUGGAUACACCAGAGGCUUUCCACCUUUCGUCUACUCCACCACCGUUUGGAUUUCUGUGUUGCAAGCUCGCUCUCCUUUCUUUGGAAAUGCUGUUUUUGCAGUUAAAGAGGGUUUUCGGUAUCCGCCAUCAGAUGAAGACAGCCUGAGCCUCUGUCUCCUGUUCCUCUGACCCUCCUAAUCAACAGUGCAUUGCUUGGCAUUCGGUGAGCUGAAGUCCAGUCUCCAUAACCACAAGCGUUGCUUGCAGCGUUGCCGUUGCGGAACGCCUCUGAAUUUUCUGAAAUUAGACUGGGAGUUAACGAGUUAAUGUCCUGUUUAAUAGUAGCUUCCUGCCGCAUCUCAAAAUAAAAGGGAUAGGUGUUUGGCCUUAGAAUUCCCUCGGCUGUAUUAGGGAAAUCUGGGAAGUGCACCCUUAAACGGAGCUGUAUUCUUUAGCCUAAUAUUAGGACUGAAUUGACUUGCGUGGAAAGGGGAACCUUCCAUGUUUUUUGUUAGCUUGGGAGAUUUUGCCUUCAACAACUCUGUUAAAUUUUGGUGGAAGGCAAUGUAAAAAUGUGUUUGUAUCCACUUCAUAUUAAAAGAAGUGCUGGGAGCCUGGCCUCCAAGCAGUCUUUUUGUCAGUAGAGAACGGAGAGAAAGCAAAACUGUAAUGGGUUUUAGAACGCAUUGCACCAAAGCCAGGUAUCAUCAUACGAUGAGAUCCUGUUCCUAAACGCUGACAAGGCUGUGUUAGUUUUAUUGGAAAAUGUAUUCAGAGAGCAGUGAGGCUAUGUAUUAAGGCCCAUUAAUUCAGUGAGAUAACGUUUUAAGUGUGUUCCAAUGUUUUCCUGUGGCUAACUUGAGACUUAAAAACAUAAAUUUUGGAUUUUCAAUUUUGUGCUAUACUGUAGCGAAGACUGCUAAAUAAUUAAGGUAUUUCUGUCACAAUCCAGGUCUUCAGCAGGAUAUACAGUUGCAGAAUAAGCAGGUGGAUGUCUUAAUCGAUUGUUGUAACCAAAAUAAGUGUCUUUGACAAAAAUGGAAUCUAGAAAAUUCAAGAACCUGUGCAAGGAUGUAACAUUUAUAUUUUCUUCAUUUUACCAUGAGAUUAAUUCAGUUCUUUAUAUUUUUAACUGCACAGCUAAGGUGAUUGAUUGUAAAUCUUUUCUGCCAAGAAAAGUAAUUCUGAACAUAUUUUAUAUUGCAUUUUUAAAAGGGAGAGAAGUAGAAUAAUAGAGAUUCUAAUUUGUUAAGUUUAUUUUAUUCUUGUGUACGUAUUGAAAUAUUUAUAGUCACUCCUUUUCAGAAAAAAAUCUUAAAUACUUU